GGGAGAAGGAAACGAAAAGGAGGAAAAGAAAGGAAAACUUAGGCAAAAUAUUCGCGAAGGAUAGUAGUUUUGGAAAAACGUGUAUAUGUGUGGGCGCGUGUGUAUACAUCAGUGGGCAAGAUGGAGGAAAGUCAGCUGUUGAUGACGGAACUUCCGGCAUUGACGCCGAGUCGCGGUACAACGUUGCUUCAUCGUUCAGGACAUUAUUAUCAGUUACACCAGCCGCACCUGGCCGCGAUACCGACGUCGCAGAGUCAAGGGAUUCUUUACAACUCGAGUAACCCGCCGCCGCCGCAUUAUACUAGCGGUGCGACCGGUCUACCGGCAUACGCACAAGGUCUUUCGUCGAGGCAACAACCGCAAGUAACUCCUCGCGGUACUGUCACAGUGAGCACGCAUAUCUCCUGCCUGUACCCUGAAAUAUUGGCGCUGAUCUUCAGCUACCUCGAGGUCAGGGAUAAAGGACGCGCCGCCCAAGUAUGCACUGCGUGGAGGGACGCGGCGUAUUACCGGUCGGUCUGGCGAGGGGUUGAGGCCAGGUUACACCUAAAAAAGCAGGCACCGGCAUUAUUCGCUAGUCUGGUAAGAAGAGGAGUAAAAAGGGUGCAGGUAUUGUCGUUGCGAAGAGGUCUCGGCGAUGUUUUGAAAGGUGUGCCAAACCUGGAGGCCUUGAAUCUCUCGGGUUGCUGUAAUAUCACCGACACAGGCUUGAUCAACGCUUUCUGUCAGGAAUACAACACGCUUACCGAACUGAAUCUUUCGUUGUGCAAACAAGUGACGGACAUUUCUCUCGGUAGGAUAGUACUGUACUUGAAGAAUCUCGAGCACCUGGAGCUUGGUGGUUGUUGUAACAUUACCAACGGUGGACUUCUCUAUAUAGCAUGGAACUUGAAGAAGCUAAAAAGACUGGACCUACGAAGUUGUUGGCAAGUAUCCAAUCUGGGUAUUGCCUAUUUGGCCGGUGUGAAUCGCGGGGCAGCCGAGGGUAAUCUCGCGUUGGAACAUUUGAGUCUUCAGGAUUGUCAGCGACUGAGCGACGAGGCACUCAGGCACGUGUCUAUCGGCUUGACCACUUUGAAAUCCAUUAACCUUUCGUUUUGCGUGUGUAUCACCGACUCGGGGCUGAAACAUCUUGCCAAGAUGUCCAGCCUGCGCGAAUUGAACCUUCGAUCCUGCGACAAUAUUUCCGACAUCGGUAUGGCUUAUCUCGCGGAAGGUGGCAGCAGGAUUUCCUCGUUGGACGUGUCGUUCUGCGACAAGAUCGGGGAUCAGGCGCUCGUUCACAUUUCCCAAGGAUUAUUUAAUUUGAAAUUGCUCUCGCUGUCCGCCUGUCAAAUCAGCGACGAGGGUAUUUGCAAGAUCGCCAAGACGUUGCACGAUUUGGAAAUACUGAACAUCGGCCAGUGCAGCAGGCUGACGGAUAAAGGACUCUACACCAUCGCGGAGAGUAUGAAACACUUGAAAUGUAUCGAUCUUUACGGAUGCACCAAGAUAAGUACCAACGGCCUAGAGAGGAUUACGAAGUUGCCGCAACUGAGUACGUUAAAUCUUGGUCUUUGGCACGUGCGGUGAUUUUUUCUCAACCGUACAACACUAUUUGCGUCCCCAUAACACAUUCUCCGUACGAGUGACGAACGACCGACCACAAUGUCUCUUUGUGAUCACGUGCUGAUUACGUGCACGCCUCGAUUCUCUUUUCCUUACCA